AUGUGGAAAUUCCAACUCAGGCGAUCCCAACUGAUUACCAGCCAACCACACAUCGCCAAAUCGACCACCUCACGACCUUUUCAAUCUCGUUCCCUUCCGCAUCGAUUCGCCAGUGUCGUGGAAUCUUCGCCAACCAAUACCAUGUCUGGAACUGAGGGCGCUGCUGCGCAAUUGCCUCCGCAGGGCCAGGGCGAUGUUUCUGCUCCGCCGCAAGGUUUCCAACCGGAUUACUCGACCUGGAGUGCCCCGGAUCUGAUAUCGCGAAUCUCGGAGCUAGAGAAACAGUUACAGUCGCGGACUGCGGAGUUUGCGUCCGGUGCUGCUCCUCCUGCUCCUUCAUCUGCGCCCACCACGAACCCCGCUACAGCGCAAGAAAUACCAUCGCCGAAUCCCUCCCCCCAUAAGAAGGCGAAGAAGAACCCUCCCUGCCCUGGCGAAGAUUGCAACACUACCGAGAAGAAGCGGACCGGAUUCAACAAAGCGAAGAAACCCUCGAAACAGUCGCGCGAGCUGGACCCUGCGAAAUAUCACACGCGGUUCAUCGCGCUGAAGUUCGCGUACCUGGGACAGCGCUAUAACGGACUGGAACAUACCACGGGGAACGUGACGCCGCUGCCGACGAUCGAGGAGGAGCUAUGGAAGGCAUUGCGGCGCACGCGACUGAUUCUGCCGACGGGAAUCACGCCGUCGGAUGCGCAAUUUGGGGACCCGCGCCAGCCCAGGGUGACGAAGCCGUACGAGCUGAAUUGGGAAGGAUGUCAGUAUUCGAAGGCGGGGAGGACGGAUCGUGGAGUCAGUGCGUUUGGGCAGGUGAUUGGCAUUCGGGUGCGGAGUUCGCGGCCAAAGAAGAAGGUUCCUGAGACGAGUUCGGAAGCUGCUACGGCGGAUACGGAUACUACGAUGAAGGAAGGGAAUGACAACCAGGUGGAGGAAGAUGACGGGUGGGAUGAUAUUGCGGAUGAGCUGCCAUAUAUCACGAUCCUGAACUCGGUGCUACCGGAGGAUAUCCGGGUCCUGGCGUGGUGUCCCCAUCCGCCUGAAGGCUUCGACGCUCGGUUCUCGUGCCGGGAACGCCACUACAAGUAUUUCUUUACUCAGCCGGCAUUCUUUCCGACGCCGGGAGGUGAGGGACUUGCAGGACGCGAGGGCAACCCCAACCCCAAGUACAGAGAAGGGUAUCUGGAUAUCGAGGCAAUGCGCAAUGCCGCCAAGUUGUUCGAGGGUGUGCACGACUUCCGGAACUUCUGCAAGCUGGAUACCAGCAAGCAGCUCGACACUUUUGAACGAAGGAUCUUCCAUUCCGAUAUUGAGUUGAUAGACCCCAGCAGUAUCCCGCUGGGUAGUCUAGGUCGAGCUGGACUUUCGCCUGAUGGGAAACCAGCUGUUAAGGUAGGCCCGCCGGCACCUGAGAAUGUUUCGCCAUAUACCGCUCCGGUCUAUGUGUUCCACCUUCAAGGAUCUGCCUUCUUGUGGCACCAGGUUCGACUCAUGGUGAGCAUUCUUUUCCUCGUGGGACAAGGAUUUGAGUCCCCUUCGAUAGUGUCCGAGUUACUGGACAUAACCAAAAACCCACGCAAGCCAUCGUAUACAAUGGCAUCCGAUGCUCCCUUAGUACUCUGGGACUGCGUUUUCCCUGAUCUCAACAGCAACAGUCGUCUAGAUGCCAUGGACUGGGUGUAUGCUGGAGAUCCUAGGCAGAUCCAGUCCAACACUGGAAAGGGCAAUGGCAAAUUUGGAUUAUGCGGCGUUGUGGAGGGAAUUUGGAGUACCUGGAGACAGCGCAAGAUCGACGAGAUUUUGGCCGGGGCUCUUCUAAACAUGAGCAUUAACCAAGGAGAUCAGCGCGUUGUUGACGGUGAUGCGUUCGACGAGGGCGGACUUAAACGGAACAGGGGCCAGAAGGUCUUUAUCGGUGGGAACGAUACUUCUAUCGGUGGCAAGUAUAUCCCGAUCAUGCAACUGAGAAGGAACGACCCGAUCGACGUCCAGAAUGCCAGAUACCGAGUCGAGAAACAGCGCAAGCUCGAAAAGAAGGCUACAGAGGCGGCUGAGCGAAUGGAGAUAUAA